AUGGCAAACCUAGAGGCCGAGGACCAGCAGUACUUGCAAGAGGUAGAAGCUGUGAAGCAGUGGUGGAAUGAUUCCCGAUGGCGACACACACGCAGACCUUUCACGGCAGAGCAAAUUGUAGCCAAGAGGGGAAAUUUGAAAAUUACAUACCCCGGCAAUCAGAUGUCGAAGAAGCUUUGGGGAAUUGUGGAGGGGAAAUUCAAAAACCGAGAAGCAAGCUUUACUUAUGGCUGUCUUGAUCCCGUCAUGGUCACCCAGAUGGCUAAGUAUUUAGACACAGUAUAUAUUUCUGGCUGGCAAUGCUCAUCCACUGCUUCGUCGACCGAUGAACCUGGACCAGAUCUUGCAGACUACCCAAUGACUACUGUUCCGAACAAAGUCCAACACCUCUUCAUGGCGCAGCUGUUCCAUGAUCGCAAGCAACGCGAAGAGCGUCUUUCAACACCGAAAGCGAAUCGGGGCGGGCUUGCAAAUACUGAUUUCCUACGACCCAUAGUCGCUGACGCAGAUACCGGACACGGAGGUCUGACUGCUAUUAUGAAGCUUACGAAGCUGUUUAUCGAGAAGGGUGCGGCAGGCAUUCACAUCGAGGACCAAGCACCGGGAACCAAGAAGUGUGGACACAUGGCUGGAAAGGUGCUGGUGCCGAUCAGCGAGCAUAUCAAUCGGCUGGUCGCUAUUCGGGCCCAAGCAGACAUCAUGGGAACUGAUCUCCUGGCUGUUGCUCGUACCGACUCCGAGGCCGCCACCCUCAUCACUUCCACUAUAGACCCUCGUGACCAUUACUACAUUAUAGGAUCUACAAACCCUGCGCUCCAACCCCUCUCCGAACUUAUGUACGCUGCCGAGCAAGCUGGCAAGAACGGUUCCGAGCUUCAAGCAAUAGAAGAUGCUUGGACAAGGGAGGCCAACCUUAAACUUUUCCACGAAGCCGUCAUUGACACCAUCAAAGCCAGCGUUCACGUCAACAAACAAGGUUUGAUUGAAGAAUUCUUAAGCCAAAGCAAGGGUAAGAGCAAUGCUGAGGCGCGAGCCAUUGCGAAAGGCUUGACAGGUGUUGACGUGUUCUUUAAUUGGGAGGCUGCCCGGACACGAGAGGGUUACUACAGAUACCAAGGAGGCUGCCAAUGCGCUAUCAACCGUGCUGUCGCGUACGCUCCAUAUGCGGAUAUGAUCUGGAUGGAGUCGAAGCUUCCAGAUUAUUCACAGGCGAAGGAGUUUGCAGAGGGUGUGCAUGCCGUUUGGCCAGAGCAGAAGCUUGCAUACAAUCUCUCCCCUUCCUUCAACUGGAAGACAGCAAUGCCGCGCAACGAGCAAGAAACCUACAUUAAGCGUCUCGGCGCUCUCGGCUACUGCUGGCAAUUCAUCACGCUAGCUGGUCUACACCAAACUGCGUUGAUGGCUGACACUUUCUCCAAGGCAUAUGCACAGCAGGGCAUGCGGGCUUAUGGCGAGAUUAUCCAAGAGCCGGAGGCCGAGAAUAAGGUUGAUGUGUUGACGCACCAGAAGUGGAGUGGAGCUAACUAUGUUGACAAUAUGUUGAAGAUGGUGCAAGGUGGCGUGAGCUCGACCGCAGCGAUGGGUAAGGGUGUUACGGAGGAUCAGUUUAAAUAA